UCCUUUCUUUAUUUUUUUAAUUGGCUUUUGUAAUGGCUUCCUGAGUUAUUUGACACUUCUUUUUUCACUCUCUCUCCACCUGAACUUUGAAUUCAGUUUUCGCAUAACUGUUCCACUCCUUGGGAUGGCGGUCAUUCCCGUUGACGAGCAUCAUGGUGACGGUCCAAUCUUUCUGAUCGGGCUGGGAGCUGACCGAAGACUGCGUAGGUUUUCCCUUACGGAAACUAUUCAGGGGUAUCUUGGUGUGGAAAGUCGAAUAAAGCUUCCCGAUCUUGAGACUGCAGGACAUGCCAAGCUUGGGUCUGCUGUGGCCAUUUCUCAAGACGGAGGGAUGCUGGUCACCGGCGCUUGUGAUGGAACUCUUCACGUGUAUCCACUUCAGGGCAAGAGGUUUCCUCUCGUACCGUCGGAUGUACGGGUGUUAAGGCUCCAUGACUCAUUCGUAGGUGGUGUCCUCACGAUCGUGAUCGCUGGUGGCCGCAUUUUUACUGCUGGAUGCGAUGGUGCGAUUUUUGCUUGCGACGGUGCGGAAACUGCAGCUUUGAGGGUGCAGGCCCAGUCCAGGCUCAGAAGCAUUGGAGGCCUGACAAGGCGGGAGAGAGGAAGUUCUGUGCAACGCAGGGAUGAAGAUCAGGGAGCCACUGGAAAGACUGCAAGGGAGUGGGAUGACCGUGCCAAGGACGUGGAUGAACCUGAUCGUCCGAAUGAGCUUGACAUUCUGGAGCAAGAGGCAGAAGAGAAGGAACAGAUGAAAGAGUUGACACUGGUAUCUGGGAAGGCUAUUGUGAGAGCAAGGCUUGCAGCUCUCCGCUCCAAGGUGCUCCAGUUUCAGAAGAUGAAUGAAGAGGUGCCAGAGUUACAUAAGCUUCCUCAGCUGGAGUUUGUGCUAGACCUGAAAAGGAAGGAGGUCCUUAUCCUUGAGAGUCAGCUGGAGGUUAAGAGAGCGAAAUAUGAGAUGAUGCUGCAAAACGCAAAGAAAAUGUUAGUACGUAAACGGAUUCGGGAAGAAUGCUGGGACACGAUGCAAGCACGAGGCACUGCCGUGUUUGCUCUUGCGAAUAAUGCUUCCACAUGCAAUUUCCCUCUGAAGCAAACGGGCAAGCAAGAUAGGUGUGUGCAGAUCGCCAAAAAUUUACGGCUGAUUGAACUUGCUGAGCUGGACGCAAUCAGCAGACCAAAGCCAGUGGCGUUAAGGGGUCAGAUUGGUUUCAAGAGACACAGGAGCCAGGCUACUAAACGGCCUUCGCAGGGCAAGAUAGUGGCAGAAAAUGUCGAUUCGGAUAAGCCGACGGAUGGAGUUAUUGGUGCACAUGAUGAGGGCAAGGAGGACAGUACGAGGACGCCGCCGAGCAAUCCCACUUCGCCUCCGACGGCCGUACUGGACUCCAGAAAGAGCUUUGACAAAGGGUCAAGUGGGCAAGAUGCCCUUGCAACUCAGCAGGCAGAAGUCGCUGUAGCAGCUGCAGUAGCAACAGCAGCUGACCCGCAGCCAACUGCACAUACAACAGAUAGCAGAGAUCGUCAGAUCGCAGAAGAUUCAGAAAUGGCAGAUGAUGCGAUGGAGGUGACGGAAAAUGAUGGCGAGGGUCCAGCCGAGUUCAGUGAACCAGGAGACGAGCUGUCAGGGGAGGAAGAUGAGCCGUCUGAUCAAGCAGACUUUGAACAGGAUUAUGCUGAAGCGGCAGGGUUGAAAGGGAUUUUGUAUGGCCGGUUUGAGCUUGAAACAACAAAACGGAAGAGAAGUCAGAUGUUGCUGCUUCGGACAGUCGUGAUUGAACACUGUAAAGUUUUUAACCAGAAAUUUGAUGAGAUUAAGAAGAGAAAGACCACCUGCAUUGACAAGAUCUCAGAAAUAAAUGGGCGGCUGUCUGAGAUUCAGAAGGACUUGGGAAAUUUCGAGGAGCUUUUCAAGCCCACUAUACAUAACGAAGAGGUAGCAAGCAGUAUAUUUGAAGUCAAGGACUCAGAGGUUAAAGUGGAAGCUUGCUUAUCGCCUGAGGAGAAGCAAAGGCUUCUAGAACAGCAGGGGGCUGAGGAGGACCGCCUGAGGAGUAAACAGGCUGGCAAUAUGGCCGAACGUGCCCUGAAGGACAUGAUGGAUGGUAUGCUCACAAUGCGCCAGGACGAAGAUGCGCUUGAUUCGAAACUGGAACGGCCGGAAUGGAUGAAUGGUGAUCGUCGGAAAAUGACAGAUGAGCAGCUAAAGCUAUUGAAGGAGUUCGAGGCCAAGGAGAAGGUAAUAAAAGAAGAAAAGCAGAGAAGGCGGAAGGGCUUGGAAAUGGAGUACCGCAAGCUGAAAAGUGACGCGCAGGAGCUCAUUACAUCAUUUGACGAUGCGUUGACUGCUCUCUAUCACGAGCGUCUCAAGGUGGAGGCCAUUAUUUAUGCGAUCGAGAUGCGGAUUGUGCGACUUGCAAUUUCGAUAGAGAGCGAGGAGGACUGGGAUGACAGGAGGGAGAGGGACUCUCUGAAAAAGCUGGAAAUGCUCAAAGCAAGCAAGGCACAUACUACUGUAAUAGUGGCGGAUGCUGCACGUCAGGUCCAAAAGUCAAUCAACCCCUUGACUGCUUGUUGGGACAAAACCGGCUGCACAUUCAUCACAGACGGAUCGACAGAUCUUAAGAAGCGGUCGGUCAUGAAUUUCCUAGCAGCGGGGGAGAAAGGAGCAGCUCUGGUGACCACGGCUUACAUGACUGGGAGGAAGAAAAACGCAGCAGCAUUGGUGAAGUUGUGGGAACAGGUGAUGCGGGAGAUCGGGCUCAAACAGAUCAACGCGAUCUGCACAGACAACGCUGAGGCGAACAAGAAGGCGGCGCAGAUCUUGGAGAGGCGGACGGAUAGAGACGUUGCAAGGAUACUAUGGAUGCCAUGUGGAGCGCAUUGCUGCAGUCUGUUGUUGAAGGACCUCAGCAGUUUGCCUUGGGUGAAGGACAAAGUGAAGACGGCGAACACGAUCGUGAAGUUCAUCAGGAACCAUCACGCCACGCACGGUCUCAUGAUGUCCAUCGAUGACUCGUUGUCAUUGCCGCGCCCGACAGAGGUCCGGUUCGGGCAGAUCGGAGCGGAGUGGGAUUCGAAGCCGCACAUGGACAUGUGGGAUCAUCUGUACGAGUUUUUGAGAGAGCCUGUGGAAGGGGAAGUCGGGACAGAUGAACACAUGUCGACACCAAUUGCCAUCAAGCAAGCAACGCGGCGUACGUCUGCGGACUGGUGGACCUUGUACGGUGGGGAUGUUCCACAUUUGCAGCAGAUCGCCAUCGAAGUGUUGGGAAUGUGGAGCACGACGACACCCACGGAGCGGAACUGGGCAUCGAUGGACUUUGUCCAUUCGAAGCGCAGAAACAGUCUCUCACCAGAGUCCUUGGAGAAGCGCAGAAACAGUCUCUCACCAGAGUCCUUGGAGAAGCUGGUUUACAUUCACUGGAACAUGCAGUUGCCGCGUGUUCCAAAUAGCAAGGACAAUGGCUACGUCGAUGUGUGGGGAUCCUUCUUUGAGUCGUUGAUGGAGCCGGCAGCGGAAGAUGGAGCUGCCGAGGACGCCACGGAGGAUGAGACAGCGGACAAUAUGGAGGAGGAAAAGAGGCAAAAACGACUGAAGAAGACUCCAAAAGACCGGAUCCCAAAGAGACUGCUGGAUGACGACUCAAGUGGGAGCAGCGAUCUUGAGGAUCUCGUGUGGAAGGGGAAGUGUUGGAACGAGUCCACUUCCGAGGAGAGUGCCGGUGAAGAUGAUAUUGGGGAGGACUCAGAUUUCGAGUUGGGGGGCAAGCCGGCGGUGCCAGCCACUACGUACGUCGGUCGGAGGCUUAGGAGGGGAGAGAAGGAGGCAGAGGUGCUGCCUUCCGAGGCCAUCGACAGACUGGACACUGAUAUCGAGUUCUUGGCGCACCCUACGCCUGAUGCAGACGAGGAGGAAGCAGCUCGGGCCAAGGCUAUGGCAGAUAGGGAUGCCGCUUUGUUGGAAGAGGUUGCCGACGUGUACAACAAGGCUGCUGCUGAAGACAAAGCUAUGGACAAAAGCUUCAAGAGAGAGUUUGCAGAUUGCGGGGAUGCUGUGGAUUUUCUCUACAGAAUUUAUCGGCGACGUCUUGCACCUGUCAGGGAGAAGAUUGACAGCCUUGUGACGCCAAGAACAGGCAGUUUGGACAAAUUGCCGGCACUGAAACCCACGCACACGCCAGGACGUCUUACACCACAUUCGCAGCGCAAUGCUGAUGGGAGGGUGGCCACACCGGAUAUGAUAAAAGCGGAGAGGGAGAAGAAUCUUGCAGUGGAUCCUGUAGCAGACAGGCCAGAGAGAAUCGAUAAUAAUCAAUGGGCACGGUUCGUUGAGGCUCGUAACCGAAAGAUUGCAAUGGAGGAUGAGGUCGCAAAGAAGGCCGAGGUAGUGGCUGUUCUACAGAGACAGAUGCAGGUGCUCAUGGACGAAGAUGAUGCCAACCGAAGAGGCAUAGAGGAAAACCUUCGCCUCAUUGCCGAACUGCGUGAAAAUCGUGACAAGAAGCGACGAAACAUGGAGAUCCCGAUAUUAAUCAAGCAAGGACUCGUAGAGAUUGACAUGAGCCCAUUUGCUGACGAACUGGCGAGGGCGAUCCUUCUGACGAGGUCAAGUGUUGAGGACGUCAACGAAAUAGUGCGGAGGCAUGGCAACCAGAAGGUCGAAAUUUUGGUUAGGAUCAAGAAUCUGAAGCAUGGGAAUUAUGUGACUCGGUGGGAGAAUCGACGGCUGGAGAUGAUUGAGUCAGACACUGCUGAUCAAAAUAAGAAGCUGCAGCUUCUCCGUGUGACGAAAGCCCUUCAAGCCAUGAUUAAAUCCGACGGCCGAUCAAUGAUGUUCGAAAAUGAGGUCGCUCUUCUUGAAAACAGGGUAGAACAUUCUGUUCUUGUCCGUGAGAAACACGUUCUUGAGAGGCAGCAACACCUAUUGAAAAUGGAGAAAAAGGCAAGACACACAUGGUCUCACACGCAUGAAAUCACCAGGCGCGUUGGACUCUUGCAGGCACAGUACGACGCCUACUAUUGCAUAACACACAAACAAGCCGUCUCAAAGGACCCGUUGAUCGAUUACCACACACAGCACCUGAUGUUGCGGAGAAGGCUGAUCACUAUAGCGACGAAGCAACGUGAAGCUAUAGCUAGUCUUUCGUACGAUCUGGAUCGGGUGCGCCACCGCACUUACCCAAUUUUCAAUCACAUAAUACAACAGAACCUGGUUCAAUGGAGGAGGCAGCUGAUGAGAGAUUCCCCACGUGCAAUGCUACCGCACAUGAAGUUCGUCAACAUGAUGCAGGGCUAAGAUGGACACGAGAGAGAGAGAGAGAGAGAGAGAGAGAGAGAGAGAGAGAGAGAGAGAGAGAGAGAGAGAGAGAGAGAGAGAGUACUGAGUGAACCGGUUAGACCAAAUAGGCUCGCUUUCUUCAUGGGCAAGACCUACCAGCUUGCCAACUGGAAGUUCUGAUCGGUGAGCAAUAGGUAAUAAUCUCAUAGUUGGUUGAAAUGACGGACCGGAUUGCAAACCUGGUCCACUGGUGGUGCAGAUAACAAAUCGGGACCCCGUAG